UUAACAAAUAGUGGAGUACAAAAGCUAAAGUGAAAUAAUAUUGCAAUUAGUGCUUUUAAAUUCCACAAUAACUUGUUAUUAGUGCGUCAUGUGCACGUAACAAAAAAAGUUAUAAAUAUACGCACAACUAAAAUGUUACGUCUUGUGUGUGUGUUGCUGCUGACGGCGGGGACGUUGACGAUAUUUUCGCCUGCUUCCGUCUCGGUGGAGGCUGCGGAGUCCAGUCAAAGUUAUCCAAUUACCACUUUAAUUAAUGCCAAAUGGACGCAAACGCCACUAUAUUUAGAAAUUGCCGAGUAUUUAGCGGAUGAACAGGCUGGUCUUUUCUGGGAUUACGUGCAGGCUGUGACGACAUUGGACACGGCGCUCAACGAUUACGAUACGGAGUCAAAACAGUACAAUGCCGCCUUGCAACUUGUGCGUUCGCAUUUGAGUGUGCCACAGCUGCCACUACUGAAACUGGUCGUCUCCAUGCACAGCUUGACCCCUCGCAUACAGACGCACUUUCAACUGGCCGACGAGCUGCGAGCCGCGGGCGCCUGCCAGGGAGCCAUAUACGCACAAGUGGGCACAGAGCUUGCCUGCACCUAUGCGGAGCUGGAGCAAAAACUGAAGCUGCCGCAUGCUGCAAGCAGCUUGGAUGCAGAGGUUGGCAGCUACAGCUUUGAUCAUGUGUAUCCCGGCAGUGAGAACAAUACACGUACCGUGGUGCUCUAUGGAGAUCUGGGCAGUGCCGCAUUUCGUCCAUAUCACAAGCUGCUGGAAAAGGCAGCGAAUGCGGGCAAAGUGCGUUACCUGUUACGCCAUCAGCUAGCCGAGCGAAGUGGACGGCCCGUACGCUUGUCCGGCUACGGCGUCGAGUUACAUUUAAAGUCCACCGAGUACAAGAGUCAGGAUGAUGCGCCCAAGCCGGAGGCUGGCAACGGCAGCACUGCCGAAUCUGAAGAAUCAACUAACGAAACGGACGUACAGGGCUUUGACUUCAAGCUGCUGAAAUCCAAGCAUCCAACGCUCAAGCGUGCCUUGGAUCAGCUGCGACAGCGUCUGCUGCAGGGCAACGACGAGAUUGCGCAGCUCAAGGCUUGGGAGUUCCAGGAUUUGGGUCUACAGGCAGCCGCAGCCAUAGCCGAGAUACAGGGCGAUGAGGCGCUGCAGUUACUCCAGUAUACGGCGCAUAAUUUUCCCAUGCUGGCGCGCACCCUGCUCGCCCACAAAGUGUCCGACGAACUUCGCGCAGAGAUUAAGCACAAUUCCGAAUCGCUGGGACGCAGCUUGAACGUGGCUCCGCCCGACGGCGCUUUGUUUAUCAAUGGCCUGUUCUUUGAUGCGGACACCAUGGACCUGUACACGGUGGUGGAGACGCUGCGUUCCGAGAUACGCGUACUGGAGAGUCUGCAUGGCAACAAUGUGCACGGCCGCUUGGCCAGCGCGUUGCUAGCCCUGGAUUUGAAUAGCGCCAACAAGCGUGAGUUUGCGAUCGAUAUCAGGGACACAGCAGUCCAGUGGAUCAAUGAUAUUGAACAGGAUGCCCAGUACAGACGCUGGCCGCCAUCAGUUAUGGACUUGCUGCGUCCCACAUUUCCCGGCAUGUUGCGCAACAUACGCAAGAAUGUGUUUAACCUGGUGCUGGUUGUGGAUCCACUGCAGCCGGAGGCGCGCAGCGUCAUCAAAUUGGCUGAAUCCUUUGUUAUACACCAGGCGCCAAUACGCCUAGGCCUAGUCUUUGAUGCUCGGGCUGUGGAGGAUGCAACGGCUGCUGAUUAUGUGGCCAUUGCGUGCGCCUUUAACUAUGUGAGCCAGCAGAAGGAUGCACGUGCCGCACUCAGCUUUCUCACGGACAUUUAUGCGGCGGUGGGCGAAACGGAAACCGUCACCAAGCAGCACAUUGUCAAGCAGCUCACCAAGGAAUUCAGCUCACUGAGCAGCACAAAGGCCAAGGAAUUGAUUGGGGAGGAAUCCGAUUACGAUUACGGACGGCAACUGGCCACCGAAUUUGUGCAACGUUUGGGCUUUGGCGCAGUGCGUCAGCCGCAGGCGCUACUCAACGGCGCGCCUAUGCCGAGCAAUAUCAUCAGUGCGGACAGUGACUUCGAGGAGGCGAUUUUCACGGAAAUCAUGAGCCAGACAACGGCGCUGCAGAAGUCGGUUUACCGCGGCGAACUGACCGACAACGAUGAGAUGAUCAAUUACCUGAUGAAUCAGCCGCAUGUGAUGCCGCGUCUCAACCAGCGCAUACUCAGCCAGGAGGAUGUCAAGUACUUGGACAUAAAUGGCAUGCCCGCCAAGCAGCUCGGCAACGCGGCAGCUUUGAAUAAGCUUUCGAAUCGCGACAUGACCGCCACGCUGAUGGCAAAUCUGAAAUACUUUGGCGGCAAGCAGAGCACCGAGCGCAUUGGACGCGCCUCGCUGCAGUUCCUAACAAUUUGGGUCUUUGCCGACCUGGAGACGCCCGAAGGCUGCGAGCUGCUCACUCACGCCCUGGACUAUGUGCGUAGCAGUGAGAGCGUACGUUUAGCAUUUAUUCCCAACACGGAGGGUGUGAGCGAUAAGCGCAGUCUCAAUCGCUUGGCCUGGGCGGCCAUGCACUCGCUGGAGCCAGCGAAGGCAACGGAUCAGGUGCUCAAAUGGCUGCGUCAAAAGAAGCAGCGCAUCGAGGAUAUACCCAAACAGAUGGAGGACAUACUGGGAAGCACGGAACUGCAUCUGAAGAUGCUGCGCGUCUAUGCACAGCGCGUGCUGGGACUGGCCAAGUCGCAGCGUCUGGUGAUUGGCAACGGCCGGCUGUACGGUCCGCUCGGCGCCGCCGAGAGCUUCGAUAGUGCCGACUUUGCGCUGCUGGCAAGAUACAGCGACUUGCAGUACGGCGACAAGGUACGCGAGGUGCUCAAGGAAUCCGCCACCGAGGUGGACAGCGACUUCAACAGCGACACGCUGCUCAAGCUCUAUGCUAGCCUGCUGCCCCGACAGACCAAGACGCGCUUCAAGCUGCCCAGCGAUCUGAAGACGGACCACUCGGUCGUCAAGCUGCCUGCCAAGCAGCAGACGCAGCCCCACUUUGACAUUGUCGCCGUGCUGGAUCCUGCCUCGAGAGCGGCACAGAAACUCACCCCGAUUCUAAUAUUAUUGCGGCAAACGCUCAACUGCCAGCUCCAUUUGUAUCUGACUCCUGUGGCGCAGCACAGCGAUAUGCCUGUCAAGAAUUUCUACCGCUAUGUGAUCGAAUCUGAGGUGCAGUUCGAGGCGAACGGUGCACGCGCCGAGGGUCCGCUGGCGAAAUUCAGUGGCUUGCCCGCCAAUCCGCUGCUGACACAGCAGCUGCAGGUGCCCGAAAACUGGCUGGUGGAGGCGGUGCGCGCUGUCUACGAUCUGGAUAACAUUAAGCUGCGCGACAUUGGUGGCCCUGUGCACAGUGAAUUCGGCUUGGAGUAUCUGCUGCUGGAGGGUCAUUGCUUUGAUGCGGCCAGCGGUGCGCCGCCGCGGGGCUUGCAGCUGGUGCUGGGCACAAAAUCGCAACCCGCGCUGGUGGACACCAUUGUGAUGGCCAAUUUGGGCUACUUCCAGUUGAAGGCCAAUCCUGGCGCUUGGACAUUGCGUCUGCGCGACGGCAAAUCCACAGAUAUUUAUGCCAUCAGCCAUGCGGAGGGGCCCAACACGCUGCACCAGCAACAGACGGGCGCCGUCCAGGUGCUGAUUACCUCGCUGCGCUCCCACGUCACCAAGUUGCGCGUAUCCAAGCGGCCGGGCAUGCAGCACGCCGAGCUGCUCUCUGAUGACACGGCGCCCUCGCAGUCGGGCAUUUGGAAUAGCAUUGCAAGCAGCUUUGGCGGAAACAGCGGCACGCCUGGCACGGAUGAGGAUACAGAAACCAUCAACAUAUUCUCUGUGGCCUCGGGACAUUUGUACGAGCGUCUGUUGCGCAUCAUGAUGGUCUCCCUGCUGAAGCACACCAAGUCGCCGGUGAAGUUCUGGUUCCUCAAGAACUAUUUGUCGCCACAAUUCACGGACUUUUUGCCGCACAUGGCGAAGGAGUACAAUUUCCAAUACGAGCUGGUGCAAUACAAAUGGCCGCGUUGGCUGCACCAGCAGACGGAGAAACAGCGCACAAUUUGGGGCUAUAAGAUACUCUUCCUGGAUGUGCUCUUCCCGCUCAAUGUGCGCAAGAUUAUAUUCGUGGAUGCGGACGCGAUUGUGCGCACCGAUAUUAAGGAGCUCUACGAUUUAGAUCUGGGCGGUGCGCCCUAUGCAUACACACCCUUCUGUGAUUCGCGCAAGGAAAUGGAAGGCUUUCGGUUUUGGAAGCAGGGUUAUUGGCGAAGCCAUCUGAUGGGCAGGCGCUAUCAUAUCUCUGCAUUGUAUGUGGUGGACUUGAAGCGAUUCCGCAAGAUCGCGGCCGGUGAUCGACUGCGUGGACAGUAUCAGGCACUCAGUCAAGAUCCAAAUAGUUUGUCCAAUCUGGAUCAGGAUUUGCCCAACAAUAUGAUACAUCAGGUGGCCAUCAAAUCGCUGCCGGACGAGUGGCUGUGGUGUCAGACCUGGUGCAGUGAUAGCUCCUUCAAGAGCGCCAAGGUAAUCGAUCUGUGCAACAAUCCGCAGACCAAGGAGGCCAAACUGACGGCGGCUCAGCGCAUUGUGCCCGAGUGGAAGGAUUAUGAUGCGGAGCUGAAGGCACUAUUGGCACGCAUCGAGGAUCAUGAGAAUCACAAUAUUGGCAGCAACAGGGAUAAUGCUGAAGAUGACGAGGAGGAGCAUGUGGUUGUCAUCACAGAACCGCCUCCACCCGAGUACGUGCACGGCGAGCUGUGAUCGCUGUCAAUCUUUUGUUUAGUAAAUUUAAGACUAAUGUCCUUCAUACUUGGUAAAUACUGAAUUAGCUAAGCUUAAUACCAAUCUAGCAGGCAACAACAGACAAAUUAAUUAGCAAUUAAAAUUUAAAAAACUGUGGAAGCGAAAAGCUUCAAGUCUGAAAAGAUUUUGCAUUCCAAGAGCUUCUCGCCACGAUUCGAACUCGAUAAAUAUAUAAUAAAUAAAUUUACUGAAUGCAAGGCUAUGUACGUAAUUUUUGUUCGAUUUAAUAAAAACUGUACGAACCAUUUUUAAAAC